UUGCUGUGUAGCAGCAGUCUGAGGAAGCUGAGUGCAGGAUACAACCACCUGCAGAAGCUGCCUGAGAGAGUAGAGCGCCCACUACUGGAGGUGUUGGACGUACAACACAACCAGCUAGCAGAGCUGCCCUGCAACCUCUUCCUCAAAUCUGACAGGUAGCACAUCAUUAUAGACAUACACUGAGUGUACAAAACAUUAGGAACACCUUCCUAAUAUUGAGUUGCACCCCCCUUUGCCCUCAGAACAGCCUCAAUUCGUCAUUCCACAGGGAUGCUGGCCCAUGUUGACACCAAUGCUUCCCACAGUUGUGUCAAGUUGGCUGGAUGUCCUUUGGGUGGUGGACCAUUCUUGAUACACACAGGAAACUUUUGAGUGUGAAAAACCCAGCAGCGUUGCAGUUCUUGACACAUUCAAACCGGUGCGCCUGGCACCUACUACCAUACCCUGUUCAAAGGCACUUAAAUAUUUUGUCUUGCCCAUUCACCCUCUGAAUGGCACACAUACACAAUCCAUGUCUCAAUUGUAUCGAGACUUUAAAAUCCUUCUUUAACCUGUCUCCUCCCGUUCAUCUACACUGAUUGAAGUGGAUUUAACAGGUGACAUCAAUAAGGGAUCAUAGCUUUCAACUGGAUUUAAAUGGUCAGUCUAUGUCAUGGAAAGAGCAGUUGUUCCUAAUGUUUUGUACACUAUAAUAUAGGAUGUUAAAACAUACAAUGAAUGUGAUUACAUGGGACUGAAUUAAACUCAUUCAGUGUGUUAAAAAAAUAAAUGAAUUAUAUGGCGGUAUUGUUGAGAUAAAAUAGGAUCAAUACAAGAGCCUGAUGACAAGAGGUGACCUUAAAUUAUUACUCAGUUAUUUACUAAACAUGUUAAUACAAGCUAUGACAAGUUAUUUCACCGGUAGAAUAUGUGUAAUGGUUGAAAGACUGACAUUAGGGCUCACUUCCUGUUUCAGUUUGCGGUGCCUAAAUGCCUCGGCCAAUAAGCUGGAGCACCUGCCUCCCUCCAGUCUAUCAGAGGAGAGCAACAGCAUCCUCCAAGAACUGUACCUCACCAACAACCGGCUGACUGAUAAGUGUGUUUCCUUACUGACGGGACACACACACCUCCGAGUACUACACAUGGCUUACAACUACCUGCACACCUUCCCUGCCAGGUAAGGGGAUAGAUGUAGGCUCCCGAGUGGCGCAGUGGUCUAAGGCACUGCAUCUCAGUGCUUGAGGCGUCACUACAGACCCCCUGGUUCGAGUCCAGGCUGUAUCACAACCAGCCGUGAUUGGGAGUCCCAUAGAGCGGCGCACAAUUGGCCCAGCGUCGUCCGGGUUUGGCCGGUGUAGGCCAUCAUUGUAAAUAAGAAUUUGUUCUUAACUGACUUGCCUAGUUACAUAAAGGUAUAAAACAUAAUUAAAAUAAACAUACUGUAUACACACAUUACAAUUUUUACAUUUUAGUCAUUUAGCAGACGCUCUUAUCCAGAACGACUUACAGUAGUGAGUGCAUACAUUUUCAUACUGCCAGUCACACACACACACACAUACAUACAUACAUACAUACAUACAUACACACACACACACACACACACACACACACACACACACACACACACACACACACACACACACACACAAAAUAACUGUUGUAACUCUCUUUUUUCUUUGUCUACCACACUUACAAUAUACUGUCUCUUCUAUGUAAAUACUCACUGACUCUCCUUUUUCCUCAUCUGUAGUAAAAUGGCCAAGUUGGAGGAGCUGGAGGAGGUAGACCUGAGUGGGAACAGGCUGAAGACGGUGCCCACCACCAUCAUGAACUGCAGACGCAUGCACACACUCAUCGCCCACUCCAACACCAUAGAGGUCUUCCCUGAGGUCAUGCAGCUUAUGGAGAUGAAGGUAGGACAGUCAGGCAGAUAUGACGGAAAUGUGUGAGUGUGCGUGUGUGCGCGCGCACAUGUGUGUGAAUGCAUGUAUAUUUAUGUGUGUGUGCAUGCGCGUGCAUGCGUGUGUGAGGAUGGUUGUAUAUUUAUGUGUGUGUGUGUUAACCCUCUCCUCUCUCCACAGUGUGUAGAUCUGAGCUGUAAUAAGCUGAGUGAGAUCAGCCUGCCUGAGAUCCUGCCUCCUAAACUCCAGGAGCUGGAUCUGACUGGCAACCCUCGCCUCAGCCUGGACCACAAAACCCUGGAACAACUCAAGUAAGUCUUCUAUAAGUGUAGACAAAUUGUGAGUAAAGAUGAACGGAAUUGAAUUCUUUAGUUUGUCUGUGUACCUGUAUUUGUAUGUAUACCUGUUCCUGCACUGUGAUCUUUUUAAUAAGUAUCCUCUCUCCUCUUUGUUGCAGUAACAUCCGCUGUUUCCGCAUCGACCCGCCACCGACCUUCUCAGCCAAUGAGGCGUCAGGUGGGCCGGCUGUGUGGAGUCAUGGUUACACAGAGGCCUCAGGCGUCAAGAACAAGUGAGUAACAUACACUAGGCUACAUGAUACAUACACAUCAUGUGUGAACCAUAUGGACCACCAUGGGGAGCUUUCAUGUGUGAAAAACAAAUGAAGUUACCAUUGCGACUAAUCAAAUCAAAUCAAAUUGUAUUUGCCACAUGCGCCGAAUACAACAGGUGUAGACAUUACAGUGAAAUGCUUACUUACAAGCCCUUAACCAACAAUGCAAAGUAAAAAAUUUAUAAAAAUUGUUAAGCAAAAAAAAUAAAAGCAAAUAACUAAAGAGCAGCAGUAAAAUAAAAUAACAGUAGGGAGGCUAUAUACAGGAUGGUACCGGUGCAGAGUCAAUGUGCGGGGGCACCGGCUAGUCGAGGUAAUUGAGGUAAUAUGUACAUGUGGGUAGAGUUAAAGUGACUAUGCAUAAAUAAUAAACAGAGUAGCAGCAGAGUAAAAUAGGGGGACGGGGUGGGGGUGGGGGGCAGUGCAAAUUGUCCGGGUAGCCAUGAUUAGCUGUUCAGGAGUCUUAUGGCUUGGGGGUAGAAGCUGUUGAGAAGCCUUUUGGACCUAGACUUGGCGCUCCGGUACCGCUUGCUGUGCGGUAGCAGAGAGAACAGUCUAUGACUAGGGUGGCUGGAGUCUUUGACAAUUUUGAGGGCCUUCCUCUGACACCGCCUGGUAUAGAGGUCCUGGAUGGCAGGAAGCUUGGCCCCAGUGAUGUACUGGGCAGUACGCACUACCCUCUGUAGUGCCUUGCGGUCGGAGGCAGAGCAGUUGCCAUACCAGGCGGUGAUGCAACCAGUCAGUAUGCUCUCGAUGGUGCAGCUGUAGAACUUUUUGAGGAUCUGAGGACCCAUGCCAAAUGUUUUCAGUCUCCUGAGGGGGAAUAGGCUUUGUCGUGCCCUCUUCACGACUGUCUUGGUGUGUUUGGACCAUGAUAGUUCGUUGGUGAUGUGGACACCAAGGAACUUCAAGCUCUCAACUUGUUCCACUACAGCCCCGUCGAUGAGAAUGGGGGCGUGCUCAGUCCCUGUAGUCCACAAUCAUCUCCUUUGUUUUGAUCACGUUGAGGGAGAGGUUAACUAAGAUGAAUACGUCAGUCGGUGAGGUCAAUGUGGGGGCAGUAGAGUUAGUGUGUGAAAAAUGAGAGGGUGGGGGUGUGGGUGCAUGCACACAUCCAUCUGUUUGUGUGUGUGACAGAUGUGAGAGAGAGAUGCAAUGCUGUGGAGCUACAGUAAGUCUUAAACUCUCAACAUCCUCAAGGGAAUAUUAUUAACAUUUUGCGCGUGUUCCUCUCUCUCGCUCUCACAGGCUGUGUGUGGCCGCCCUGUCGGUGAACAGUUUCGGUGGGAGUCGUGGGGCCCUCUAUGGGGUGUUUGAUGGAGACAGGAACGUGGAAGUGCCCUACCUGCUGCAGUGUACCAUGAACGAUGUGCUGGCCGAGGAGCUACACAAGACCAAGAGUGAAGAAGACUACAUGACCAACACCUUCCUCGUCAUGCAGAGGUUAGUAUGGAAACACAUACACGCAACUUAUUAUUUAGACAGAAUCAGAUAUUCAAACUUCUCCUGUUCUCUCUCUGUGCCUCAGGAAGCUGGGUACGGCAGGGCAGAAGCUGGGUGGCUCGGCGGCCCUGUGCCACAUCAGACACGACCCCACCGACCCGGGCGGCUGCUUCACCCUCACCGCUGCCAACGUAGGCAAGUGCCAGGCCAUCCUGUGUCGGGAUGGCAAGCCACUGCCCCUCUCCCUGCUGCACAACGUAGGCCUGGAGGAAGAGUACCGACGCAUCAGACAACACAACGCCAUCAUCACUGAGGUACACAGGGAGGGGUGUGUUUGUGUGUGGCCUUCUAUCCUCGUGGAGACCUGAAAUCCCCAAAAGUCCCCACAAGGAUAGUAAAACAAGGAAAGGUCUCCCACAUGGGGACAUUUUCCACAUCCCCAUGAGGACAAACGCUAUUUUAAGCUUAGGUGUUAGGGUUAGGGGUUAGGGAAAAUAGGAUUUUGAAUCUAUCACCACGAGGAUAGAAAAACAAGUGUGUGUGUGUGUGGUUGUGUGCGUGUGUGUAUGUGUAUGUGUAUGGAGGGGGACGAGGGGUUAAAAGUGUAUUAUGCAUGUGGGUGGGAGUGUGACAGUGAAUAAGAGGAUGUUAAUUUAAAUGAAGUACUGCUCCAAAUGAAAUGGUACUGAUAUAAAAAUUCACUAUAUCACUCAGUUUAAUUCAAGACUUGUGAUGCACAUCAAUUCCAUUUCAUGUUAAAUUCUAUAACCCCGAAGGUUAUGGGAUUUUGAAGUCAAGUCAAAAUCAUCAUUGAUACCACACUUAAUUACUCUUUUAAUAGAAUUUUGACCUGAGCUUUAAUCUGAAUGUGUGAGGAUUGGGGUAUGUGUUAGAAUGACUAACUGCUCCCACUCUAAACAUACUGUGUGUGUAAGUGUUUCUGGGAGGGGUUAGGAUACAGCAGAAUACAGGUUUCUGUUGGACUUUUAAGUAAUCUUCUCCUACUCCUCUAGGACAACAAGGUGAAUGGAGUGACAGACUCCACCCGCAUCAUGGGAUAUUCCUUCCUGUACCCGGCGGUGAUCCCACGGCCCUACGUCUGCAUGGUAACCCUCACCCCGCAGGACGAGUUCUUCAUCCUGGGCAGCCGGGGCUUGUGGGAUGCCGUUUCACCGUCGGAGGCGGUGGAGGCGGUGCGUAACGUCCCAGACGGCCUGGCUGCAGCCAAGAAGCUGUGUACACUGGCCCAGGGCUAUGGCUGCACCGACAGUCUCUGUGCCGUGGUGGUCCAGCUCUCUGUGAGUGAGGACUGCUGCUCCUGCUGCUGUAGAGACCAUCCCCAGCCGCCCCCCAGCCCCGGCUUGGGUGGCUACCCCUCCUCGGGGGGUUCGUCAAUAAAGGAGCGUCCUACAGGGGAUGGUUCCCUCCCCGUCCCCCCGUCCUCCUGCAGUGAGAUCAGCAGUGAGAUCAGUACUAGUGAGAUGAGCAGCGAGGUGGGAUCCACGGCCUCCUCUGAUGAGCCUCCCCAGAGCUCCCUGGUGCUGCUGCACGAACAGCCCCACCACCACCAGCUCCACCUGCACCACCAGGCCCACCAGCUCUCCCUCCAGGCCCAGCACUCCGCCCAGCCCUGCCCCUACCCUCACCCAGGCUCGGAGCUCCCUGCCCGGGGCUGCUGUGCUCUCCAUCCUGCCUGUCUGACCGGGUCCUUCCAGAGGCAGCUGUCCAGCGCCACCUUCUCCAGCGCACUGUCUGACAACGGGCUGGACAGUGAGGACGAGGAGCCCAUUGCCGGGGUCUUCUCCAACGGGAGCAGAGUGGAGGUGGAGGCCGACAUCCACUGCCUUAGGGCUGAGGCCUCUUCAUCAUCAUCAUCGUCAGUACGGGAACGCUUGCUGGCCCCUCCUCCACCUCCUCCACCCUGCACCCCAGAACCCCUGGAGGAAGGGGUGGAGCUGACUCUAGGGGAGGCGGAAAUGAGGGAGGAUAGAGAGGAGAGCUGGUCAGGGGGCUGCGGCAGACCGGGUGAUGACUUGAAGACCCUGGGGAAGAGAAGGGGGAACGGCUCUGUGGCCCCUCAGGAGAAGAGCCACAACCUGAUCGAGGUGGCAGCAGACGCCCCAUCUAAGAAGGGAGGGGGGUACUUCACGGCCCCCGCCCAGCCCGACCCGGACGACCAGUUCAUCAUCCCUCCAGAGUUGGAGGAGGAGGUCAAGGAGAUCAUGAAGCAGCAUCAGCAGAAACAACAGAACCCACCUAGCCCCGACCAGCCUGCAGACUACUACGACACACCCCUC